GCUUUCAGUUUGUUUUUGACCGGUUGCCGUGACGUUGUGUUGGCUCCAGUUUACUAAACGCGUCGCUUUUUGGCUAUUUGGCAUUACAUUUUGUAUUGGCGUGGCCAGUAGCCGCUUUGUGUAGUGGCUUUUGUGAUAUGCAAGUUAAAUGUGCAUAGAGUUCUUUAUUUUUAAAAUAAAUUGAGCAAACGGAAGUGUGUUGAACAAAAAAAUCAAACAAAAAUUCUCGCUGCACAUUUGGUUAUUUGUAAUCGAAUUGCUGCCGGUGUAUGUGUCAUUUUAUUCGUAGUGAGUGUAAAGGAGUGCCAAAGUGUGAGUGUAGGUGCAAAUGCGUCUGCAGUUGACAAGCGUGACCACGCGACAGUGGUGUUAAAUGUGUGAGCAAUGCUCCAAACUGUUGCUAUUUAUAGCUGGAAGUGCUGAGAAUUGUGGUUAAAAGUGCUACAUUACAUUGAAAAAAAAUUUCGACAAUAUUUUUUCGAGUUAUAUUGUGUGGAAAAAAUUAAAAAAAAAAAAUACAUUUCUGAAUUUAAAAUAAUUUUUUUGUUAUAUUCUUUGAAAAAAAAAAAUAUAAAAAAUUUAAAAUUCAUAAAAAGAAAAAAUUUACAUAUCGAUAUUUGAUUUUUAAUAAAUAAUAAAAUUAAGAAAAUAAAAAAAUUGCAACAAAAAAUGUGUAUAUUUAUUAUGAUAAUUCAGAAAUAUUGAAAAAUAUAUAUGUGGCAACUAUUGCUAACUUCGAAUAAAAUAAAUUUGCACAUAAAAUAAUAAAUAUAUACAUAUACAUAUGUGUAAUUUACAUAUGAUCUAUUGUAAUGAGAAGAGACAUAUUAAAUGUCAUUGUAUAAAAAAGUAAACAAGAAGAAAAUUUCCAUUAGUGUAUAUAAUUUGCAUUAAUAGCAACUUAAAAAAAAUAUUUUGUGUAAACAACAACAACAAUAUCCAACCUAUAUAUUUUAAAUGAAAUAAAAAUAAAGUUUACGCUUCAGCAAAAUUUUGACGCUGUUACGUAGUAGCAGUAAAAAAUAAAAAACAACAAAAAAAUAAAAAUAUUUAAAAAUAUUUGAAAGAAUUAAAAAAAAAAUUGAAUAAGAAAUAUUAAAACAAUUAAAAAAAUAUCUACACAUUUGUGAAAAACAAAUGCACUGAAAAUAUUCAAUUUUAAAAUAAAAAUAAUUUUUGUGCAAAAAUCCUACAAAACAGCAAAUUACACUUGCAACAUUAUUUAAUAAACUUGUAUAUAUGUAUGUAUGCAUACACAUCUAAACAUACGUGCAUAUAAAUUUUGCGCUCAAACGAUCUCCGUGAGUUCUACUGACUUCUGAUGAAACAGCAGACAUUUUGUAUGCAUUUACUACCAUAGCAUAGUGCUGUUAUUACCGGAAACCAUCAAUGAAUCAUCCUAGAAGAAGCUGUUAAUAAAGUGAACAUUCGAGUUAUUGAAUAGUAUUCAAUGAGCUUAUGUCUGAAAAUUAAAGCGUCUACCAGUACCACUGAACCUUCUCUGAGCUGCUAGCACCAAACCACCAUUAAUCAGCACCAAAAUGAGUACGACCACAGGCAUUAAAUCGCAGCUGCUACUUUAUGCGCUGCUUACCAUCACCUGCUUGUGCGUCACAGCACAGCUACCGGCAACAGGGUCUUCCAGUUGUGGACCCAACUUUCCAGCGGCCUGCCUUUGUGGGCGCGAACUGUACGAGGGCAGCAUCAGUUACAUCGUAAACUGCACGAACACUGGCAUCCAUAACACCACCGUACUCGAGUUCAUGCCGGGUGAGGUGGAGAUUUUAAUAUUCACCGGAAACAUAGUGCCCGAGCUGCCAUGGAAUGUAUUCGGCUCGAUUAACGAUUACAAAAACCUGAAGAUCGUCGACAUGAGCAACAAUCACAUACGUGAAAUACGCGGCAAGUCCUAUCAUCACGUGCAAAAUGUGGAGCGUUUGAUUUUAAAUCACAACAAUUUGAGCAUUUCACGCGAAGACGACGAAGUGAAUCACCAUCAUCCACGGGUGUUUUCGAAUUUCUUGAAUCUACAAAGUCUACACCUCACCGAUGCGUUCGCUGACAACAGUUCGCCACAAUUAAGUGAAGAUUUACAUGAUAUUUUCGUGAAUAGUCAAUUGACCAAGUUGCAGAAGUUACAUUUGGAACAGAACGAAAUCACACACUUCAAGGAUCGCAAUGUAUUCUGUGAUCUGCCCAGUCUGCGCGAUUUACAUUUAGGCGAUAAUCUGCUAAAGGAUAUUAAUUUUGAGGUGCGUUGUUUGAAGAAUUUGCGCUUUCUCGAUUUGGAGCGCAACAAAUUCGAAUACGUGAAGACACACGACAUGAUGCUGCUCAACGAGCUGGAGACACGUGAAGAUCGCACCACCAACCUGAUUGUCGAUUUCAAUCUCAAUCCAUUCCUGUGUGACUGCAAAAUCAGCUCAUUUCACACCUGGAUAUUGUCGACGAAUGUAACGGUACGCAAUAAGAACACACUAAUGUGCUAUCACAACGACGUGGAGCCACUACCGAUAAUGGAGCUGAAUAUGGAUGCUUGCGCGGAAACGGUGGCGGCUGCUGCCGCAAUGUUUAACACAGCCACAGAUGCGCACUAUGGCAUGCAGCAGAGCAGAGGUGAUGACAGCAUGGCAGCCGGACGGCCGCACAUGAAUCAACACACGGUGACACUCAUCUUCCUGCUGAUUGUUCUGAGUAUGAUUUUGCUGGGACUGGUCGUGGCGCUGGUGUAUGUGAGUCGGGAGCGCAUUAAGUACAUGAUAACGCCGGUUUUCGAUAAUGUCGCCAAGAAGGUGCAGUACACAUCGAUCAAGGAUGAGGAUUGUCCGGAAGUGUAUGUUUAAAGUGCUCAAACUAGUACAAAAAGACCGACAAAAAAACUAACGCGCGUUAAAUGAAAUGAGAGGCCAUAAAUGACAGUCAACAGAUUGACAAGCGAAUGCGUGACAGUUCGAGAGCUGAAGUGGUAACGUGUAAAGUUUGAAAACCACCAAUUAGUUGAUAACACAGUUCGAUAGCCACUGUCGUGGCGGUUUAUACAGCGGCAACCGUGUGGAUUUUUUACUAAAAUAAAAUUGAAUUUGUGCCAUUUAAAGACAAAAAAUCAAACAAAAAAGACGCAAAAACGAAAGUUGAAGAAAUGUAAGGCAUAUUUACAUACACAUACACACAUAUAUGUAUGUAAAUGGCAGCUGACGCAGGAAAUAGUAGUAGUUAGUAAUGUUAUUUGAAAUGUGUAUGAAGUAGCAGUGGUGUCACAGGAAUUGUUAAAAGCCAUCGUCUAAUACAUACAUACAUACAAAUGUAUCUGUAGAUAUUGUAUACACGCACUUGCAAACAUAGACAUUAGACAAACUACAUACACACAUACAUAGUAGAUAUUUAAUAUUUUCACAACAGAACAGGAACAUAUCACAGCAGCAUUUGUAAACAGUAAAAUUUAUAUGAUUAAAUUUAAUGAAAAAUAAGCUCAAGAGACCAGAAAUAAAUACUGAAUUAUAUGUAUGUAUUUUACUAGUUUCUAGCGACCAUUGCUGCUUUUGCAUUUUAAAGCUAAAUAAAGUGUGUUGCGUGCAAUUUUGUGAGAUGAGCUAAUAUUUUUGCAUUUAAAACUAUUUUUAAUAAGAUAUUAAAACAACAAAGUGUGUGUAGUUAUUUGAAAUUAUAUUAUCAAUUUAUAAAUUUCGUAUAUGUAACCGCUAUGUAAGUAAAACGGAAAUGAAAAAAUCAACAAACUCAUACGUAAUUUAUACUACACUACAUUGCCUCUCAAACUACAGUAAUGUCUAUCACAAUACCAGCAGAUAUCACAUGAGAUACCAUAUAUAAAUUAAAAUAUACAUUCAAUUAUUUUCUUUCUCUUUUCGAAUAUAUAAUACAAGUUUUUAUUAUUCAAUACAAUACAAAAAUAAAACAAACAAAAAUCACUGUAAUUUAGUGCUCGCUUGCAUUUGAAUUAAAUCAUACAUUAGUGAUAUCUGUGAUUUAAGUUACAUAGCAUUAGUUGGUUGAAAGCGCUAAAAACAAUGAAAUGAAAAGUAAAAAAGCAAAAAAGAAAUUUGAAAAGAAUAAUAACUUAAAUGAAUAAAGUUAAAAAACACAAGUAGAAAAAUAUACGAAACGAAACACAAAUACAAAUACAAACAGCAAAAUGCUUGUGUACUUAUACAAAUGUGCGAUAUGCAGAACUAUAUACAUAUACAUAUACACACAUACAUACAUAUAUCUACAAAUAAAGUGUGGUUAUAACGAGAAUACGGAAAGUCAAUUUACUGAUAUAGCAAUUAGUUAAGACGUUUUUUACUUCAAUUACACACAUUUACACUAACAAUUUACAUUGCAUAUAUUUGAAAAAAAAACAUUAAUUACAAAUUAACACAUACAUAUUUAAAUUUUCAUUACUAUAUUUAAUUAACACAAUUGAUUUUAAUUGUUUAAAAUUAGUAAUGCACAUAAUAUUAUUACAUUCAUACUUAUGUAUUAUACAUACGCACGCGUGUGUAUUGCAUAUACGUGAACUAAGCAAUUGUUAAUAAUAAAUGUUCUUUUCUUUAAAAUGAAUUCAUUUUUUUUUUAUAAGAAACCUCAAUAAAAAGAACUAUGUAAAACAUAAA